CGUAAACAUAGGGAAGCAUGAGCAACAAGCAUGGCCAACGUGAAACAGCUAGGGAAGAGUAAAGAAAGUUUGUUGGAAGUUCCGGAGGGUUGGAAAGAACCAAUAUUUACCAAAGAGGACAACCCAAGAGGCCUUGUUGCAGAAAGCUCCUUUGCCACAUUAUUUCCAAAGUAUAGAGAGAAAUAUCUACGGGAAUGUUGGCCACUUGUACAGAAAUCACUUAGUGAACAUGGCAUCAAAGCUGAGUUGGAUGUUGUUGAAGGCAGUAUGACAGUGCGUAGCACCAGGAAGACGUGGGAUCCAUACAUCAUCAUCAAAGCUAGAGAUGUGAUCAAGCUCCUAGCAAGAAGUGUGCCUUAUGAGCAGGCCAUUCGUGUUCUGGAAGAUGACAUGGCGUGUGACAUAAUCAAAAUAGCCUCACUAGUACGAAAUAAGGAAAGAUUUGUAAAAAGACGACAGAGACUUAUAGGACCCAAUGGGUCAACACUUAAGGCAAUAGAACUACUGACAGGUUGUUAUGUGCUUGUUCAAGGAAAUACAGUAUCAGCCUUGGGACCAUACAAAGGUUUGAAGGAGGUCAGGAAGAUUUCAGAAGAUACAAUGAAAAACAUUCAUCCUAUUUACAACAUAAAGACAUUGAUGAUAAAGAGAGAACUGGCAAAAGAUCCAGCACUUAGAAGUGAAUCAUGGGAUAGAUUUUUACCCAAGUUUAAAUCCAAGAAUAUCAGUAAGAGAAAGCAACCUAAAAAGAAAACGGUUAAAAAAGAGUAUACUCCAUUCCCUCCUCCACAACCAGAAAGCAAGCUGGACAAGGAACUUGCUAGUGGUGAAUAUUUCCUGAAGGAAAAGCAAAGAAAAUACAAGAAAAGGGAUGAAAAGAAGGCAAAACAGAUUGAAGCUGAGGAAAAGAAACAAGAAAAGAGAGCCCAGGCAUUCAUUGCACCAGAGGAGCCAGUCCAUAAGAAAAAGAAACAAUCACAAGGUGCAUCAGUUGAUGUUGAAGCAUUGAAGAAAAAAAUCAAGAAAUCUCAGAAAAGAACUAACAGUGACAAGGGGCAGUUGCAAGUGAAAAGGAAGAAACCUACCUGAUAACCUACAACAACCUUUUAAGUUCAAGGAGGCCAAACAACCUUUCUAUCAUGUCUGACAGACAAAUUGCUGAUUGCAUUCUUUGUGAUGGGAGAAGUUUGCUUUAAACAAUUUUAUUAGAUGAUUGAUCAUAGGAACUCUCUGUGAUGUAGAAAAGGCCAUAAGUGCUGUACCUUAUUUGUAGUGUUGACCUGUAUCAGGUUGCCUGAGUAAGACCAACAGCAGUGUGCACAUUUCUUGUUCCACAAAAAAGUCAGUGUUUUGCUAUAAACAUUGGGGAAAUACUUGUAGUGAUAAUGUUUAUGCCUUUCCUAUGUUUAAAAGCAUGUUCUGGGGAGUUUGUACCUGUAUUGCAAUGUUGCUGUUGGGCUGUCAUAAAAGCCAUACACAGGCUAGUUUUGAAAAAAAAAAAGGCUGACUUUUAUUCAUUUUAUGACCCUAGGCCAUUCUGAGUGUUCUAUUUAGGUACUGGUACUUGCCAGCAUUUUUUUUUUUUU